AUGGCCGGCGAGCUCGGUCAGAUAACAAGUGUCAUACGUGCAAUAAAACAUUCUCCAAGUCAGAGCAUCUUGCCAGACAUAUUCGCAGCCAUACCAAACAAAAACCAUACGAAUGUCGGUCUUGUGGCAAAGCAUACUCAAGAAGUGCACUGUGAUCUUAGCGACGUUCUAAGACGUCAUGAAAAAACCCACCAUGACACUUUAUUACAGUCCCCACCAUCUGAUUCAAGGGCAUCAUUCCCGUUCUCUAGAAGAGAUUCCAUGAUUCCGACUUCGUCAGCAGAGCCAAACAUACAGCAAACGGGCUCCAACCAUUCUAUGGUCUUGCCACCCGUCAUGAGCGACCACUGUGCUCCUAUGGACGACUUACCGGAGACACAGGCACCAACUACAGAGGAUAUGAACCUGGACGAUCUAUCACUUGGUGUAAACUCGAGUGACUGGUUCUUGGGAGCCGAACUUGACGUCGAAGCGCUCGAUUUGACACUGUCUUCUGCCAUAUUUGAAUGGGCGCAACCGCCGGUCCCCUCUGAAAUAGGAUCUAGGUCUGUUAGCACUUCUAAUGUAGUGACAUAUGGUCGAUUGGUGGAUGCUGUGAAAAAAAAGUGGUUUACGUACCUUUCCCCUCCAGAAGAGCAAAACCUUCAUGGGCAAGUCACUUCUGGUCACGGUGUGUCUAUCGGAGGUGGCAAGUUGCAAGUGGAUGAUAGUUAUCGUGCUGGACUCUCACUAGAGCUCCAGCAUAGACUGCAUGACGAAGCGUUACCGUCAUCUGAUCAGUUGAAUCUUUUUGCUCAGCUGUUCUUUAGUCGUUUUCUCCCCCUAUUUCCUGUCAUUCAUGCUCCAACCUUUCGCCUCACUGCCGAAAAUACGCUUCUAUUCUUGUCACUAUGCUCUGUCGGCAGUCUGUUUGUUGGAUCAUCCACCGCUUCCAUGCAAGGUAUGCGAAUCUUUGAGAGACUUAACAAAGCCAUUCUAGCAUCCUGGGAAUCGAUUCUGUCUCGUACUCGCGCAAAGGCCUUGUCUAUGGUACAAGCGGCAAUUUUCGGUCAAACUUUUGCGAUCCUUUCUGGCAGGCCCCGAGACUUGGUGCUAGCUGAUGUUCUUCACGGGACUGUAAUGUCCUGGGCUCGAGAAUCCAAUAAGAAUAGUAUAUACGGUCAAGAGAACUAUGAACAAUCGAACAUUGACCUAGAAAGUUCUGACGUCGUGGAAAAAUGGCACCGUUGGAUUGAAAAGGAGCAGCGAAGUCGUGUAGAAAUUGCGUUGAACAUUCAUGACGCAGAACUUUCUAACCUUCUUCACCAUGACCCUAUCCGAAAGCACCGACUUACCCAAAUUAUAAAUCUAGCAUCGGAUGAUUUAUUCGCGGCGCCCACCGCAGCUAAGUGGGUUUUGCUUUAUCAACAAGCAACGCGUGUUAUCUUUUCUCAUCUGCAUACCGAUGAUUAUUUCCCGGUUGCGAGCAGACUUUCUCGUUUCUCUGCUUAUGGCACCCUGGAGAGUAUAGGUGCAUUAUUAAAAGAGGCUCGCUGCUCAAAUUCGCUAAAUGAUAAUCUGUCACAAUAUCUAUCUGACCUAUUAAUUCAGUGGUGGCAAAAGUAUGGUGAGCAUCUUUUUCAAAAUGAAGGCGAUGAUCCCUUUAGUCUGCCUAUAUUAUGGCAUUCAAUCUAUAUGUCUCUCUAUGCAGAUAUGGAUCUUCUAGAGCAAGCCGUUGGCCGUAAUGGCCAGGUACAAGCCAUUACAGUAUCGACCACAGUCCGUGACUGGGCCUGCUCGCUCGAGGCUAGCAAAUGCCUUAUCCACGCAGUGUUGAUCCAACGCUACUUGGAACGAAUGCGGUUCUCUUCUGAGCCAGCCAUCCAUGUUCCCCGUGGGAUUUUUUCUGCUGGGUUGGCAUGGUUCUGUUUCACUUGUAUUGGAAGCGAGCAAGCUAUCGACCCAAAAGCCCUUGAAGCGCGAGAAAUCCAACUUUUAAAUAGCGAGAUCGCUGUUCAAGAGACACAGGGACCGCCUUUGGUUGAUUCCAUUGGUAGUGUCAAUAAUUUGCACCGAUUAAUUGAUCUCCUCCAACGAUUGGGAAAGGAUAUCAUGGAUCCAAUAAAAGGCAAUCUCCCGUCAAUCAAAAACCUCACGACGGAAAAUAUAACUGAGAAUGUUAAUCUUAUUAACAGCUUCUGCGAAGAUCUACGUAUGAAGUAUGUUCUCGAGAGGCUAGUCACCCAUCUUCACAGUUUUGCGCGCGAAACUAGACUAAGCAGUAAAGAAUGGAUGGCUGGCCUGCUAUUUUUGACUGAAGUUGGCAAAAUAUGCACUGAUGUGAGACAGGAGUUUAUCCUUCUUUCGGAUAUACUUGGUCUCUCGGUGCUAGUCGACUCCUUCGAUCACCCCAAACCUCCAGGCGCCACAGAAGGAACUGUUCUUGGUCCAUUCCACACCCACAAAACCAACUACAUCAACCACGGUGCCGCCGUAUCCGGGGAUCAAAAUGGCGAGCCUCUUCUAGUAGUUUGCUCUGUUAAAGACACUCAAGGAAGGGCAGUUGAAAAUGUUAAAAUUGACAUUUGGGAAACGGACUCGACGGGCCACUAUGAUGUGCAGUACUCCGAGUACACUUUCCCAGACGGGAGAGGAGUCAUUCAUAGUGACAAGGAUGGGCUGUUUUGGUUCAAAGCAAUCACACCUGUACCUUAUCCUAUUCCCCACGAUGGACCAGUCGGUAAGCUACUACAGAAACUAAAUCGGCAUCCAUAUCGGCCUUCUCAUAUGCAUUUUAUGUUUGAGAAGGAAGGAUACGAUCAUCUGAUUACUGCACUUUAUAUUCGAAACGAUCCUUACGAGUCGUCAGAUGCCGUGUUUGGUGUGAAGGACUCACUAGUCGUCGAUAUUGGAAAAGUAGACGAGAAUAUUGCGAAGCGGUAUGGGACCCCCGAAGGCCAUGCACUUUUGACGUAUGACUUUGUCCUUGUUACAGAACCGGAGGCAACGGAGCUUAAAGAAAAAAAUAUGAAAGAGGCGCUGAAGGGCUGA